AUGGCUACUACGUAUAAGCCUAAGAACAUUCUCAUCACUGGAGCUGCUGGAUUCAUUGCCUCUCAUGUUGCCAACAGAUUAAUCCGUAGCUAUCCAGAUUACAAGAUCGUUGUGUUGGACAAGCUUGAUUACUGUUCAGAUCUGAAGAAUCUCGAUCCUUCGUUUUCUUCUCCAAAUUUCAAGUUUGUGAAAGGAGAUAUCGCGAGUGAUGACCUCGUUAACUACCUCCUCAUCACUGAAAACAUCGACACCAUCAUGCACUUUGCUGCUCAAACCCAUGUUGAUAACUCCUUUGGUAAUAGCUUUGAGUUCACCAAGAACAACAUUUAUGGUACUCAUGUCCUCUUGGAAGCCUGUAAAGUAACAGGACAGAUCAGGAGGUUUAUUCAUGUGAGCACCGAUGAAGUCUAUGGAGAAACCGAUGAGGAUGCUGCUAAGCUGAAGAAUCUGGGUUGGUCAGAGCGAACCGCGUGGGAAGAUGGACUGAAGAAGACAAUGGAAUGGUACAUUCAGAAUCCUGAGUGGUGGGGUGAUGUUUCUGGAGCUUUGCUUCCUCAUCCGAGAAUGCUUAUGAUGCCCGGAGGAAGAGUUCCUGACGGCUCCGAUGAGAAGAAUGACUCGUCAAGCAACGCGGUCCAGACAUUCACGGUUGUAACACCGAACAACAAGACUGGUGGUUCUAGUGACAAAGCUUUCUUGAAGUUUUUGAUCUACGGUAAGACUGGUUGGAUCGGUGGUCUCUUAGGGAAACUAUGUGAGAAGCAAGGGAUUACUUAUGAGUAUGGGAAAGGACGUUUAGAAGAUAGAGCCUCUCUCGUCGCGGAUAUUCGCAGUAUCAAACCGACCCAUGUGUUUAACGCUGCUGGUUUAACUGGCAGACCAAACGUUGACUGGUGUGAAUCUCACAAACCAGAGACCAUUCGUGUCAAUGUCGCUGGUACUUUGACUCUCGCUGAUGUUUGCAGAGAGAAUGAUCUCUUGAUGAUGAACUUCGCCACCGGUUGCAUAUUCGAGUACGAUGCUGCACAUCCAGAGCGUUCGGGUAUUGGUUUCAAGGAAGAAGACAAGCCGAAUUUCACUGGCUCUUUCUACUCAAAAACCAAAGCCAUGGUCGAGGAGCUUCUGAGAGAAUUUGACAAUGUGUGUACCUUGAGAGUGCGGAUGCCGAUCUCAUCAGACCUAAACAACCCGAGAAACUUCAUCACGAAGAUCUCGCGGUACAACAAAGUGGUGAACAUCCCGAACAGCAUGACCAUACUGGACGAGCUUCUGCCGAUCUCCAUCGAGAUGGCGAAGAGAAACCUAAGAGGGAUAUGGAACUUCACCAACCCAGGGGUGGUGAGCCACAACGAGAUACUGGAGAUGUACAAGAGUUACAUCGAGCCAGGGUUUAAAUGGUCCAACUUCACAGUGGAAGAACAAGCAAAGGUCAUUGUUGCUCCUCGAAGCAACAAUGAAAUGGAUGGGACUAAACUAAGCAAGGAGUUCCCAGAGAUGCUACCAAUUAAAGAGGCGCUGAUCAAAUACGUCUUCGAACCUAACAAGAGAACCUGA